GGACUUAUUGAUCUCUACAGACUCAGUGUUCUCAGGAUGAUUGACAGGGAGAAGAUGAUCUGCAGCAUCCUGCUGCUCAUCACACUGACCUCCUGUGUCUCUGGAUCAUUUGUAGUGGAUGUGAGACAGAGCUCCUAUCAGGCAGAGGAGAACCACGACAUCACACUGGAAUGGACGUUCUCACCCAGAACAGACGGUUCCACCAACUCCCUUUUUAUCCUCUGUGAGAUGUUAACUGAUCUCAGACCCUUCGCCCUGUUUCAUCUUCAUCAAGGCGUCGAGGUUCCAGAGUCUCAGGAUGAACGGUUUUCAGGACGAGUCCAGUUUGACAAAGACGUCCUCAGAGAAGGACGACUCAGACUCCACAUGUCCAGACUCAGGACUGAUGACUCGGGUCUUUACCUUUGUGAUAUGAAAACAGGUGUUGGUGUUGGUUCUAGGGAAUGUCACCUCACUGUCACAGCAGCGAGGGAUCGGCCCAAACCUGAGACACCAAACACAACAAGUGGAGGAAGAGAUGCUUCACCGACAGGAAGUCCAUCAGAACCAGUGAGUCGGGGAUGGAUCGUCUACUACUGUGUACUGGGAGUGUUCGUAGGAACUCUGCUGGUAGUUUGUUGUAAUUGCUCCUACGUUUGGCCUAGAAGAAAAGAUUCAAAGAUUGAAUUUCCUCUUAGAGAAAAAGAUUCAAAGAAUCACUCUGGCUACAGAAUAACAUUCAAAGAUUCCCUCAACACAGACACAGAUGAUUCUAGUCUCUCAUAGGUAUAUUGGUCCAAAGCAGCGUCUGAUGUUCUGGUUGUGAUGAUCUGAUGUCUGAAUGAGCUGCUCAGUCACAGCUGGUCGUAGCGGGUCAGAGGGGUUAUCUAGGACGGUUUUCAUCUCCUUCAUUCUCCUCUUCAUCACUGUCUGUCCAGUUCCAGUCUGACCUCAGAGCUGGAUAGAUGACAGAGGAGACAGAGCUCUUGUUCAUUACUCUGAUUGGACUCCUCAUCAACUCAUUAGUCCACUUAUUAGAUCUGAAAUCUGUAGCAAAAUGUAUUUUAUUGAAAUACUGCUGAGAAGCAUGAAAGU